AUGUCUCAAUCAGAUAAGGCACUCCGUAUCUGCACUCUCACCAACACGAUAACUUCCAGAAUCUACCCAGGAUCAAACUGGGCACGAUAUGUGUGUCUGGCUACCAGGUACACAGCAAGAAAGACCGAAUUCGCCAUCCAUGUUCAAGCCGCAUUCGACUUUAUAUAUAGACCGAAACUCUCGAUAUCGUUCCCAAUGACCGUCGGCUUCUACUUCGAGGAGCAGACAUUCAACAUCCCAGGUAGAACCAUUGGUCAGUCUUCGGGUCACGAAUCUAUAGACGUUGACACCUUCUCACGGAAGCAACGUGGAAACCAGCUCAUGACCCAAAAGCCCGACGAGAUAUGGGACUAA